AUCACAGGCAGGAUAGGGGCGGGACUUUGUGGAACACUGAAACAAACCUGGUGGGGUAGAGAAGAACACAUCGUACGAGUCGUUUUGGUUAGCUUCGUUACUGUGGAGGAAUAUGCGUGUAGAUGUUUAGAAAUCAUAUAUGAAUAGGAAAAAUGAGGCUUAGGUCUCAGAAAACAGUCACAGCUUGCUCAGAGACGCCGAGGAGCAACCGUAGACGGUCCAGCAAAGCAACACCGAGACGGACGCGCCUGUCGGUGAGCCAAAGCCCGCUUCAAACCAAGAGUGAAGAGGCUUUGGAUGAUGACUCCCAUCACUCAGAGGAUGAAAUUCCCCCAGUGACGAGGCGGCCACUUCCCCGUGGCCGGCAAAGGAAGAGAGCCAUCGCUGUUGAGGGCAGAGAAACAGAUUUGGCCUUCAAGACUCCAAUCAGGUCCAUCAUGCGCCACGAGCGCACACUAUCAGAAAUCAACCCGACGACUCCUCGCAACACAACGGUCAGAAACAUCUACUCGCCCAUCGUGCGUUUCCUCACGCCCAGCAAAGAGAAUGUCAAAUGUGCGGAUGCUGGAAAUGUGUUGAUGAGCCCAGAACAAUGCGUAUUUGGUUACGGGUCCAUUGAUCUUCUGGCUGGAGACGAGGAGGAUGACGUCUUCAAUCCCUUUAGGUUCAUCAAGAACAUACCAUCACGGUCUCAGUAUGCGCGACCCCAAAUCAGAGACAUCCCCCCCAAGACCAGGAGCACUCCAGAGGCCACACUGGUGGUCGACCUGGAGGAGACCCUGAUGUUCAGCUCUCUGAAUGUGAUCGAUGAAGCAGAGUACACCUUCUACACGGCUUUCCAGGACCAUCAGUACAAGGUGUACAUGAUCCUGCGACCACAUGUCAAAGAGUUUUUGCAGUCCAUGUCAAAAGUCUAUGAGCUGUUUGUUUACACGUGCGCAAAGAAGGACUACGCUGAGAAGAUACUGAACGUCCUGGACCCGCAGAGAAAACUGUUUCGACAUCGUCUGUAUCAGGACGACUGUGCCUGCGUUCUCGGUCACUACAUCAAGGAUCUCAGCAUCCUCGGGCGGGAUCUCGCCAAGACGGUCGUUCUGGACAACGCGCCCCACACGUACCCGUACCACCUGAUGAACACGAUUCCCAUCAAGAGCUGGACUGGGGAGUCAAUGGACAGAGAACUCCAGAAGCUCAUCCCAUCCAUGGAGAAACUGUCUGCAGCGGAGGAUUUUCGGGAGGUGCUGAAGAAGAGGAAGGAUCACUUCCACAGGCUGCUGUCGGAGGACUAACAGGACUCUCUUAAACCCCCCCUCCCCGGCUUAAUCUUACUACUUUGUGUGACUUUCUCAGCUCACGUUUGCUUUCUGUAUGCUUUGGCGAAAAGCAGAAUCCAGCUGGAACUCGAGCCCGUUAGUUUGUGGUGGACGUGCUCACCCUCUUCUCUCCCCUCUGAUGACUUUUAAGGACGGCGAAUUGGUAUUUUAAACAUGCUGCUGGUCGUUCGUCACCCCCGCCCUCCCCUUCUCCUAGACUCAUUCCACAGGGCAAUAAACUGCUACCCAGUGUAUGUGUAUAUUUACAAGACAAAACUUGAAAUGUAUUGUUUAUAGUUUUGAUUUUUUUGUUUUUUAAUUUAUUAAUUAUAUUGCUAAUCAACAUCCGUUUAACUCUGUAUAUUUUAGAUAUGCCUUUUUAUGCAAUAAAUUCACCCGAUUGAUAAGUGGGAAAGUAAA